CUGCCCUAAGAAAUAGCAAAAAGUUCAAGGAGAGAGGCGCAAACAAAAACUUCAGUAUCAUGUCUUCUGAUCUCGACGGCGGCGACGAUGACAUUAGCCCCAUCUCUCUGAUCCUUCCUGCGGAGGAAAAAGAUGCUGUAGCAUCUGAAUUGCUCCACCAUUUCAUCCCUUCAAUCAACUCCACUUUAUCGAUCAGGCAACUACCUUCCCAAGGACUCUCCUUUCAGCUCUGGCCGGCAGCCACCACCCUCGUCAACCUUCUCGACGAUCAUCGCUCUCAUCCUCAAACCAACCCUCUCACACCCACUCUCACCGCCUUACGCCACGCAUCAAAAUCUCCAACUCUCAAAGUUCUCGAGAUCGGCUCCGGUACCGGUAUAGUCGGAAUUGCCGCCGCCGCCACACUCCGAGCAAAAGUGACCAUUACCGAUCUAUCCCACGUGAUCUCCAACCUCCAAUUCAACGUCGAAGCCAACGCCGGGAUUUUAGCGGCGAACGGCGGUUGCGUUCAGGUGACGCCACUUCAUUGGGGAGAAACCAUUGAUGCGAAACUAAUUGAGCUGGAUUUCGACCUCAUAUUGGCUUCCGAUGUUGUGUAUCAUGACCAUUUAUACGAUCCUCUUAUCCAAACAUUGAAGGACUUUCUCUUAGGCGGAGGAAACCCCAAUAUGGUGUUUCUGAUGGCCCAUUUACGGCGAUGGAAGAAGGACUCGGCCUUCUUCAGGAAAGCAAGAAAGUUUUUUGAAGUUGAGGUUUUACAUACUGAUCCUCCGCCGCCGGGAUCGAGAAUUGGAGUUGUUGUAUACCGUUUUACUGCUAAGAUGAGCAAGAAACCGGCCAUUGGUUCAGCAAACCAAGGUUGAAUAUUAAUCCUUUAGUCCAUUAUCAUUUUUCCCUUUUGCUUUAUCCUCUUACUGAUGAUAUGGAACAUUUGUAGAAGAGAUAAAAGAUCACUAGGCUUUGUUCUUAUUAGCCAAUUAGGAACUCUGAAGUUCACUCAUUGUUCUCUGCCCAUUGCAUCAUUUCAAGCAAAUUCAGGAUAAAAAUUAGUACUC